GUGAGCCACGGCCUGCGGCCUGCCUGGUGGGCGCCGGGUCGGGGCUGCGGUGCGGUGCAGCGCCACGCAGAGUCAUGGGGCUGGGCGCCAGUGCGGAGCAGCCUGCGGGCGGCGCGGAGGGUUUCCACCUGCACGGGGCUGUGGCAGCUGUCAGAAGUGGCAAUCAGAGACCCUCAGUUGGUGCUGCUCCCAGAAGGGAGUCAUUGUGCCUGGGACAAACUAGCCUUGAACCAGAGGUGCCUUCAGCACUUUGUUCUCAGCAGGCUCCCUGAGAACUCUCCUUCAGCUUGGGGAAUUCAAGGCCAACACUGAGAACCUGAGGUCACAUGAGUCCUGUGCCCUGCCACCUGGGGCCUGGCUGAUGCCUGACCCAAGAGGUCAUCAAGUGUCCAUGAAGACCUGAGCCAGAAGUCCAGGUACAGGAGAACUCCCCAGCCCAGCAGGCAGGUCUGGAGCCUUACUUUGACUUCAUCAUCACCAUCGGGCAUUCAAGGCUGAAUAAGGAGAAUGACACGCUGAAAGCACUAUUGAAGGCCAACGUGGAGAAGCCGGUGAAACUGGAAGUAUUCAACAUGAAGACCAUGAAGGUUCGAGAGGUGGAGGUGGUACCCAGCAACAUGUGGGGUGGCCAGGGCCUGCUGGGUGCCAGUGUGCGCUUCUGCAGCUUCCGCAGGGCCAGCGAGCACGUGUGGCACGUGCUGGAUGUGGAACCCUCUUCACCUGCUGCCUUGGCCGGCCUGUGCCCCUAUACAGACUAUGUAGUUGGCUCUGACCAGAUCCUCCAGGAGUCGGAAGACUUCUUUUCACUCAUUGAGUCCCAUGAGGGGAAGCCCCUGAAGCUGAUGGUGUAUAACUCCGAGUCUGACUCCUGCCGGGAGGUGACUGUAACUCCCAAUGCAGCCUGGGGUGGAGAAGGCAGUCUGGGAUGUGGUAUUGGCUAUGGGUACCUACACCGGAUCCCAACCCAGCCCUCCAGCCACAAGAAGCCACCUGGUACCCCUCCGUCUGGCUCUGCCCUGCUUGGCACCUCACCACCUGAUGAUACCUCACAACCUAAUACCUUGCCCCUUAGUGUCCCACCACCUGGGCCUACCCUCCAGGAUUCUCCUGGCCUAGAGAUGGGUUCCAGGCAGAGUGACUACACGGAGGCCCUGCUACAGGUCCCUGGCAGCUUCAUGGAAGGACAGCUCCUUGGGUCUGGCAGUCCUAGCCAUAGUACUGCUAACUUUGGGGGACAUCCAUGUUCCAUGGAGAUUCCUCUUCAACCUCCACCUCCAGUGCAGCGGGUCAUGGACCCAGGUUUCCUGGACGUGAUGGGCAUGUCCCUCUUGGACAGCAGUAAUGCUAGCAUGUGCCCUAACCUGCCCCCAUCCACAGCACUGACCUCCACAGCCAUCUCAGCCUCAGGGCAAGAGGACGUGGGUUCCAGUAGCAGCUCUCAUGAGCGGGGUGGUGAGGCCACAUGGUCGGGGUCAGAGUUUGAGGUCUCCUUCCCCGACAGUCCAGGUGCCCAGGCCCAGCCAGACCACCUGCCCCAGCUCACUCUGCCUGACAACCUCACCUCGGCAGCCUCACCAGAAGACGGGCUGUCUGCUGAGCUGCUGGAAGCACAGGCGGAGGAGGAGCCAACAAAUACAGAGAGCCCAGAUUUCAGGGCAGAGGCUGAGGGGCCAGCCAGUCAAGCCCAGGUCUCUUCAGAAUCAUACCUGGAGCCAUGACAGGGCUCUUGGUGGUAUGGUGAGGCUUAGAUGUGCAGUGUAGCUUCCUAGGCUGCAGCUUCCAGUAAGGUGUGGGGGCUUCAGCUGGCAGGGGCUCUGGGGUGUGCUAGAGCCUCCUGGGGUCCAAGAGAUGACCUUCCAGCCUUUACCCUGGCAGAUGGUCCUCUUGGGGCAGCAUCCCAGCUUGUGUCCUGGGGCAGGAGGCAGCCACACACCCUCAGGAGGACCAGUGCCUGCUCUGGUCACUGGGGCUGAUCAUGAUCCAGUGUGAAGAUGGGGGAGGGACGAAGGGGCUAUGAGUACCAGCAGCCCCACCUGUACUGAGGACCCCCGAGCUCCAGUGCCCUCUUUUCAUUCUGUGUGUGCACUGCUGGAGGAAAGAGGUUGUGUACCUGGCCACCUGUUCUGAAGGUGGUAAGCCCUUCACAAAGACAUGCCCCUCAACCCCCCAAGCUUGCACCCUGCUGCUCUUUGGGGCCUACACGCCAGAUCUAGUAUCCUCUGUGAGCACUUGCUCCAAAAUGUAGACCUUAGACUGAGCAUACAAGAUAUUCAGCAGGUCCUGAUGGUGAGCAGAAGAUGCAAACUUCAGCUUACUACCCUAAGCCCAACUCUCAAACCAGUCUGUAUGACUAGGCCUCUUCACCCUGAGUUCCCACCCCAAGAGCAAACCGAAGGUCCAGAGAAGAGUGGGUAAAGGCCCUUCUGUCUUCCUCUAGUAUGGGGGAGGCUGUCCGCUGUCCCCUGACCCCAGGUGCCUUUGGAGGCUAAGGCGAGGUCUGCUCUGCUAGUUUUCUGCAGAUGGCUCCAUCCAGGGAUGCCCCCUCACCACCUGUUCUCUGCAACCACUUCCUUGCUAAUUACCAUGUAAGCUGCCUUUGGCCUUGUUUUCUAGCUACCACUUAGUUGAUAGUCCUACUGUCCACAGACCAUAUAUAGCUAUAUAUACAAGAAACCCACAAGCUGUGUCAGGCCAAGGACUAUACUGUGAGCAUAGGCCAAAUUAUAUGGCUGGUCGGGGCCAGAUGAGCAAACAGUGAGCCUUAAGCCCUGAGACUGCUUUAAAAGCCGGUCCUUGUGAAGCCUCCCAGAGCAGCUGGUGAGUGUAAACAGUGAACUGUUGUGUCCUGGAUUGUUGGGGAGCCCUGUGUCAGCCUGCAGGAAUGUGCGAAGUAGAAUGGAGUCACCAUAGGGCUGUUCUCCUUAGCUCUAUAGCCUGGCGGUUGAACCCUUGGUUGCCCUCACUGGAAGGUUCUGGCUCCUUCCCAACCCCAUACCCUGGGGCAAAUGGGUACUAAUGCUGUUUCCCAGGCAAAUACGAAUCCAGAUGCUUCUCUGUAAUCUGCUAUGAAGGAAAGUGACAAGUGAAAAAUAAAUGUGUACCACACCUUGGAAUAUUUUAACUAAAGCCUUUAUUUUAUACAACUGAAAUACAGACUUUUCCCCUUCUGGCAUUGUAGACUGUCAGAUUUCCUGGAGACUGUUUUUUUACUGGUUUUUGA